AUGGAAGAUAGAUCAUCUUCGAAGCUAGACUACUGCUUCAUUCCUUUUAUUGACAUCUUCAGCACAGUUCUGUACUGAGUGAUGUUCUUCUUGCACCAUACUCAGGAAGCUGACUCUAGUGAUAUUAAAGUAUUCACAAAGUUAAUGAUUGCCUUGAUGAUACUGUGGAUGGGAGGGCUCGCAAUCUUUGACUUUACUCCUUCAUCUAAAAGGCCUAAGAACAAGAAAUUAAUCAAGGCCUUGAGACAAUGACAUGCUAUUUUCUUGCUGACAUAUUUUAUUCUUUUGUUCUCAGCUGGAUACCAUUCUUUUACUGGGUAUCUUAUAUGUACCAUUACGGUUCCUCUUGCCUUCUGUUCAACUGAGAUGUGGGACAGUGCAGUUGACUCCUUGCAGUUCCAACAGAUUAUUCCUUCUGGAGGCAACAUUGAGGUUGAAAUGGGUAGCCCUCUGGUUGAGAAGAUGUAGACUGUUAUGGUUUACUGGCUUUAAGUGCAAGAUGCUUCAGUUCUUUCUUCA